AAUGAGUUUCUUAGAAAGCUAUGACUUUCUACUUACCAUUCGGCAUUUAGAAUUAGGAUAAAUUGAUAUUUGGAAAUAAAAAGAGAAUGGAUAAUUGGCAUAUUGUAAAAUAUUACAAUCAGAUAUUUCUAAAUAAGAAUUGCAUGAAAGAUCAAAUUGGGAACAUGAGAAUGUAAUCGAAUUAUUAGCUGCUGAAUUACACAAAUAAAACAAUAAUAGCUAUAUAUCAAUAUAUUAUGAAUUUUAUGAUUCAACUUUAUAAGAUUACUUAAUUAAUCAGGAAUUACCUAUUGCUGAGACUGAAAUUUGGAAUCUAUUUUAUUAGAUUUUAUAAGGAGUAAUGUUUAUUAAAUCUAAAAAUCAAACUUCAAAUUUAUGUACUACUUGUAUUUUCUAUAAUAAUGGAUAGAUUAAAAUAAUGGAAGGACAAUCUUAUAAUAUGUAAUAGUAAUUAGGUUUAGUGUUAUUUGAAUUAUGCACAAGAGAAUCAUAAUAUUUAAUAUUAGAAGAUAAUAAAACAAUAAAUAUGAAUAAUUUGAAUUACAUGAUGAAUGAAUGUAAGUACAGUAAAUUAUUAAUACAAAAAAUAUUUGACCUUGUAAAUUCAAAAGAUACAGAUUAAAUUUAAAUAAUAUAUGUAAGAACUCAAAAUCUAAUUAGAAUUAAUUGUCUCCAUAUAAAGAUAAUAUAUUAUAACUAAAACCAUUCAAUUUUUCGAUUACUAUUAAUACAUCACUUACAGAUAGAGCAAAUAAAGCAAUUAGAAAUUACAAAGAAGUAUUAAAAAGAGUCAAUUACAUGUAUCAAUUAGCUUUAUGA